GGCUCCUCCCCCCGGCCUCAGUCCGCCGCCGGAGCGCAGCGCGAGCACAGCCCGCGAGCAGCUUUAACACGGAUAUAAACACAGCCGCCGAGCUGUACAGACUUCUAAAGGAUCUAAAACUCAGCAUUUACCCUCAUAAACUUCAUAUUUCUGCAGGGAUGCCGGAGUAACUCGGUUGACCGGUCAAGCCACAUAAUCGCUCAAUCAUCACGUCAAGUGUUAUAUUCUUUUGGCACUACACUUGAACCUUGACUGAGAUGAGAACCGCGGAGGAGUCCUCGGGCACGGUGCUGCACCGGCUGAUCCAGGAACAGCUUCGGUAUGGCAACCCCACGGAUACCCGCACUCUCCUGGCCAUCCAACAGCAGGCCCUGCGUGGCAGUGGCAGCGGCGGGGGCGCUGGCAGCCCUCGCUCGUCCCUGGAGAGCCUAACUCAGGAGGAGUCCCAGUUCCUCCAGAUGUCCACGAGACAGGAACCCCAGGGUCAGGAGCACCAGGGGGACUACCAGCACUCGGAAAGCCCCGUGUGCCACUUGUACCAGCUCCACACGGAAGAGCUGCCCACCUACGAGGAGGCCAAGGCCCACUCACAGUACCUGGCCUCUCAGAGGGGUCAGGCCGGCCUGCAGCAGGGUGGGCUGGACACCCCCGGCGCAGAUUCGGGGCUCGAGCAGGACCAGGGCACAUGGGACCUCAAACGGGAGCAUGCCAGGUCACUAAGUGAGCGCCUCAUGCAGCUUUCCCUGGAAAGGAACGGUGCUCAUGAUAACAUGCCAAUGAGCUCAUCGCAUAGUUACCCCCAGCUAUUCGGGCAUAGCCACGCUGGUGCUGCUGUCCUUGAUCACGGGCAUGAUCAGCGCGGGCCACCUCCGGAGUACCCCUUUACCGUUAAAUCCCCUGGAUAUAUGCUGAGCCAUUCGCAGGAGAACGGGCACUAUUACAAAGAACCCCCUCCGGCGUUCCACUCGCAGCACCACAGAUAUGUACCAGCCCAGUCACAGGUGAUCAGAAACAAUACCCUGCCCACACUGCCCCCUGCUGGCCAGGAGGUCAUCGUCGCAGGAUACAGCAUCCAGGCUCCUAAUCCUCAAAUGGAACAACUCAUAAAGGAAAAUGAGAAGCUGAGAAGGGAGGUGGAGAGCUACAGUGAGAAAGCAGUGAGACUACAGAAGCUGGAGCUGGAGAUUCAGAGGAUAUCAGAGGCAUAUGAGACACUGAUGAAAGGAUCUGCGAAGAGAGAAACGCUGGAAAAAACGAUGAGAAACAAACUUGAGUGUGAAAUUAAGAGACUUCACGACUUUAACAGAGAUCUUAGAGAUCGCCUGGAAACAGCCAACAAACAGAGAGCUGCCAUGGAAGAUCAGGAUCACAGUCAGCACGUCUUCGCCAAACUGGCCGAGCAGAAUGAGGAGCACCAGCAAGAGCGUGAUCGCCUGGAGCUUGAGAUCCAGCGUUUGAGAAGUUCUGGAGAUGAUUGGUGUCGGCGACGGGAGGCCCUGGAGCAGGCCUUGGUGUCAGCUCAGUCCCGGAACAGGCAGCUGGAGGAGGAGCUGCGUAAGAAGCGAGCGUACGUGGAGAAGGUUGAGCGUCUGCAGAGUGCUCUGGCUCAGCUGCAGGCUGCCUGCGAGAAGAGGGAGGCACUGGAGCUGAAGCUACGCACCAGACUGGAGCAUGAGCUGAAGAGUCUGCGGGCACAGCAGUGGCAGUCUCAAGGCCAGCAGAUGAGCAGCAGCACCACCAUCUCGUCCAGCCUGAGUACCACCUCAAUGCAGCAGAGGCUGAGGGAACGAGAGGAGCGCAUCCUGGCACUGGAGGCCGAUAUCACCCGCUGGGAACAGAAGUACCUGGAGGAGAGCACCAUGCGCCAGUUUGCCAUGGAUGCUGCCGCCACUGCUGCUGCCCAGAGGGACACAACCAUCAUCAACCAUUCACCCAGAGACUCACCCAAUAGCAGCUUCAACGAGGUCCUUCCGUCGUCCAAUCACAGACAUCAAGAGAUGGAAAACAGGAUUAGAGCUCUGUAUGCCAAGCUGCUGGAGAAAGACGCUGUGAUCAAGGUCCUGCAGCAGCGUUCACGUCGAGAGCAGGGGCGCCCCGAACUCACCGGUCUCCGGCCUGCCCGAUCCGUCCCAUCUAUCAGCACUUCCACCACCAUGAGCAUCGCUCUGCCCAAAGGGAAGAGCCUCUCAGAUGACCAGACAGCAGCCGCUAUGCUGCCCCCCACUGCACCCCAUCCGCUGUCCAAAUCCCAGAGUCGAGACUGCAGCACGCAGUGUGACGAGACAUCCGGCGAGACAAACCCCACACCAGAGCCCAGCAGUGUGCCAGCUGCUUCAGUACCCACACAUGUGUCCAGUUCUGUUUCUACCACAGAGUCGAUGUCACAGGGUCAAACUUCCAUCAGUACGGCAAAGAGCAGCAGUGGCAGUGGUGCCGAAAGUGAAGUUGUGGAGAUUCUUAUCUAAAGACAAUGGAACUGAAUCCUGCUUCAUACACGAUCAGUUUUGGGCUUGACGGAGCUAUCCGAACCCAUGACCCACUUGGAAUUAUAGCCAAGCAUGAAGUACCGUCUCAUCUCUAACAGUGCUCAAAAGCCUGAGACAGUGCUUACCAGUGGUUAACAAUGGAGCCAGUCUCUUUCCUGAACGAAGAGGCGAAAGGAAAGAAGACGUACAUAAGAGAGGAGAUAGCAGACAUCCCUGUUCGUUCCCAGUGAGGAAAGGGGAGCUGAGCUCCUUUAACUGGUUUCUCUACACUUUAAAAAGUGCAAAUCGGACACUCAUCUGGUGAAUCUCCCAGCAUGCCUUGCUGGAAGCUUGCUGGAAUCUGAGGUACUUGUACAGUAACUCUGUAUGCAGAACUCCAAGAGGCUGCUGCUGUGAUUAUGGCAUAAAAAAACAACAUAUAUGUAAGACAGUAUGUUUGCGCGUGUGUGCAUAUGUAAGUAUGUAUGUAUUUAUAUUUAUGACAAUUGCUGCUGAACCGCUAUUGUGAGGUUGUUUUUUUUUUGUUUGUUUUUAUAUAUUUUAUUUUAUUAUUUUCCCUCCUUUGAAGAGUGUUAUUGUUCAGUAUGUGAGGUGUUUCGGAAGGAAUAUAAGAAUGUUUUUUUGAAAAUGGUUUAUUUUAAUUUUUUUUCAAUCCAACUGUGUUUGACACACCUGUAUUUCAUUCUUUGUUUUUUUUUUUUUGGUUCUGCAAAUUCAUCAUUCAUUUACUUAAGAAAGAUUUUUUAUUUUCACCGCAAGUGAAUCAUAUCAUAUUAUUAUUUCGCCGAUAUCCUAGGCAUUCCUGGACUAGAUCACUACUAACUUGGUCAUAGAAGGAUUUAGUGGACAUGUGCUGUCAGGCAUGUGCAACUGCGUGAACCUAAAACAAAAAACGUCCCAAAAUAAGAUUAGCUAAAUUUCAGGAAGGGUAGGGUGUCCAACUGCUGCACAAAAUUAGCCCAAAACUCUAGAUCUAGGAUUACACUCUAUAUACUCUUUACCAGAAUAGUUGGGUAAAAACUGCCUGACUGACUGAAGUGCGACACUCCCUCCGACUAAAUUAACGUUACAGUUGGCGUUCUUAUUAUAAUUGUCUGCCACUGGGCUUCUCUCCCCGAUUUAAGCAUCGGAAUGAGAAGCCUCCUUUUGUGGAUUUAGCUGCUGGGAACAUUCUUGUCUCUUUUAGCGACACUUAAGAGACGUGUUACCCUCGGGACGGUCGGGGAGCGAUGCCUCAGAUGCCAGAUUAUCAUUUUGUGCCUCUAACAGCAGCUCCCAGCGUGCCUCACUGUCCUUUGCUGACAGGCUGGAGCUAAUCUUCUCGUGGUGCUGCGUGGCGGUAUGCUCCGGCCUGGUGUAAAAGGCUAUCUGCUGCCUGACCCCUGGCCUGUUUCACAUGGCUGGCAUUCAUGCUACUAUUCUCUUUCUGGGGCUAUUUAUUCCUUUGCUAGUACAGUAGCUGGUCCUACUGUACUAGGACAUGGGAAUAGGAGAGAGAUGUACCAUAGAAUUCAUAUAGCGCCAUGUAUAUAGAGACAUCCUACCAUAUUUGACCAUGCUUCAUUGACCUUUUAAUAAUAACUAGGACUUUGAUUCAGUUUCCAGUUUUCCAGGACAAAAUAUUAUUAGAUUUCCAAUUCCAAAUUUGAUUCAGUUCAAUACAGAUUCAUUUAGAGAUUUGUUAGGCUACAACCUUACUCGACCGUUAAUUUUAUUUUAUUAAUGCAUUAAUAAUAAGUUGGUCUGUAUCACUACUGAUUUUUGGAAUUGCUAAGGUCUAAAUUUGAUUUAAUUUCUAAUUCCAAUUUGAUUUAAUUUAAUACCAGUUCUGGGAUAAAAUAACAAGUAAAAAUAUAUAUAUAUAUAUAUUUAAAAGAGCAAUCUUAGGUUAAUAUAUACCAAUACUAGAUCAUUUAAAUGCAAUAGAUUUUAACCCAGUUGAAUAUCAUUGUUGAUACAUGGAAUACUAUAUCACCAAAAUUAUAUUAAUAUUAUAAUUAUGGUAUUAUAAUAAGAAAUGUUACUGUCGCAGCAUACUUUACAUUUUUAUGGUCAAAAACGUUGGAUAUUGUGGGAUGUAAAUUCACGAGAAUAGGCCUGGUGUGUAAAGGGUGAAGUACAGUGAACUGGUUGUAACUAUAAUAGACUGUGGAAAGCCACAGGAAUGUUCUCUCUGAGUGACUCUGUAGACUGGAAUUGUGGGUAAUCACUAUAUCAGUAUUGCACCAUGUUCCUUCCUGAACACUGAACACAACUCUUUCUUUAUUUUCUUUUUUUUCCCUCCCUCUCCACCUCUCCUAAACAAAGUAUUUGCUGGUCAAUGAUUUGUCGAGGAGUCGGUCACAUGCUUCCUGAACGCAUUGUUGUUGUUUUGUUUUCUUUUUUUUUUUCUCUGUCCUCGGACUGUUUACAGAAAGGGCUGUUUGGAAAAGAAAAACAUUAAUAUAUUUUGUAUAUUAUUUUGCAUUUUAUAGUAUCUAGUGACACGAACAUAAUGCCAAAGAUUUGCAUUACGAGUAAGUUAUAUUGUAAUGAGAAUACAAGAACUGGUGAGGUGCGGUGUAGACGCCUCACUCGGUCAGACUGGUUGACCCAUACUUAGAUGUUGCUGUGAACUUCUGGAAUGGGAUUUUUUUGUUUUUGUUUUGUAUGCCAUUAACAUUUCAUUAAUUGAAUAAAACUUUAAUAUAUAUCUUUUAAAAAACA